AUGCAAUGUGUUGAAGUAUUUUCUUUUUAUAAUAAUUCAAUAUCAUCUCCUACUGAAAAUGUAGAUGUUCCAAUAUCUACUUGUAAAUUUUCCAAUACCCAUCUAGAUCUUUUAGCUGUGUCUAAUGAAAAUGGAAUUGUUCGUGUACAAAAUACAAAAAAUUUUAAAGAUUACAAAUGUGUACAAAGUCAUAAAAAUACAGUUUAUGAUAUAGCAUGGAUGCCUGAAAGUUCAAAGUUUGUAACUGUCAGUGGAGAUAACUCUGCUAAACUAUGGGAUUGCACAGAAUCAAAUAUAAACUUAACUUCAGUGUUUAGAGGCCAUAAAAGAAGUGUUAGAUGUGUUACUUUUAAGCCAGAAAAUACAGCUGUAUUUGCAACUGGAUCAAGAGAUGGAUCAUUAAUGAUUUGGGAUACUAGAGCACAAAUAAAAUGUGCCAAAUUUUCUCACCAUUUACCCGAUCAAAUAAUCUCAUCUGGUGCAGGGUCCCCACAAUGUAAUGCCAAGUUAAAUACUAAAAAGUCAAUGUGUUCAACUGAAUUAGUAAAUUGUAAAAGCGUUACUGGGCUUGUAUUUCAAAAUGACUAUAACUUAAUUUCAUGUGGUUCAUUAGACAAUGUUAUUAGAAUUUGGGAUAUGCGAAAAACAUAUUCGAGAUCAAUUACAAAUACAAUAGCCAAACAUCAGUUGCAUUCUCCUUAUUCUGGGUUUUCUUAUUUGUGUAUGAAUACAAUGGGUACUAAAUUGUAUGCUAAUUGUAUGGAUUCUUACAUCUACUGCUUUGACAUUUGUUCUUAUGAUUCUGAACCUGUUGCAGCAUUUUAUGGUCAUGAAAAUGGAUCAUUUUAUAUAAAAUCAAGUUUAAGCUACAAUGGAAAUUAUUUAUUGUCUGGUUCUUCUGAUGAUUGUGCAUAUAUUUGGAACACUGCUUCAGCAGAGUAUUCCGAAACAGCAAUAAAGCCUUUUGUUACCUUGAAUUCUCAUUUUGCCGAAGUAACUUGUGUAGAAAUGUCUGCUGAUAAUAUGAUUAUUGUGACAUGUUCGGAUGACGGCACAUUUAGACUGUGGGAUGCCUAUAACAAGUUGAAAGAUAAUGAAAGAAAACUAGAAUUAGCCGUUCCUUACGAAAACGAAAACGUUUCCACGGUUAAAACAAAAUGGAGAAACAAAAGAAAAUACGAAACGUUAAAUUUUCCGAAUGAAAUUCAAACGAAAAAUGACAAUGAAUUACCACAUUCGAAAAUUUGUCGAUUUUAUAACGUGAAUUUCUCAUCCACUUGUCUUUGUCAAAAUAAAAGUGAAUCGAAAAAGGGAUGUAAAAGACUUUGCGAGGAUUCUCCCUCGUGUUCGAACUCUUCAAAAAGAAAAUUUAUAUUCUCGGCUCAGGAACGCACUCCACCACCGAAUCAGGAGAAAGGAAAAGUGAUGAUUUUAAAAGGGCUCGAAUGUAAUUCGACGGUUAAUCAAAAAUCUUUGUCGCCCGUUAAAUUAUCAUCAAAGAGAAAAUUAGAAGACAUGCCGAGUUUUAUAGAGGAAUGCAAUAAAAGUAAAAAAAUUAACAUGAAUAAAAUUUUAACUCCGUCGAACGUUUUAGAAUGUAAAAAUAAAGAAAUCAGUGAAACAGGAGGGAAGCAUAAAAAUUCUAAAUCGCAAUUCGAAAAAGUUUUAAAAGAAAAUAAUUUGCCGAAUGAAAACAACAGCGAUAAAAGUAGCGUACCCAUGGGUCUAUCAUCACCGACGUCAAAUUUACCCAAUUACGUAGAAGAUGGAACCUCUCCGUACAUUCACAGAUGUAGGAAAACGGGACAAAAAGAAAACGACUGGCUUUCAAAACUUAAAGAGAGUUACAAGAGUGAAAAAAAUAUAACGGAAAAGAAAAUAAUUGUAAAUGCGUUGAAAAAUGUCGAACGAAAAAAAAAGAGUAAAAAUGGUGAAGCGUCGACAUUGCAUAAAUAUUUUAAAGUGUCGAAGGAAAAAGAAAAGAAAAGAAAAACAAGACAAACCAAGACACCAAGAGAAAAUUUUUUUUUAAGCAAAAGAAAAUGUUGA